ACAAAAAGGUGAGUUUCGUGUCUCACACCCUCAUCACCAGAGAGGAACAACAAAGAAAGCGUUUUGACAAGUUUUGGACUGGGAUCCCUCUUCACUGGAUAGGGACCCUUUCCUGUCUAGGCAGGAUGGAACAGUGCACGUUGAAGCCAGAUGUGAAAAGAAAUCAACAGAAACAGCCUUUACCUCCACCGAAGCCUGCAAAGGAGGCCAACAGGAACUUGAUCCAGACAGAGACUAGAGGGAAACAAGCCAGAACUCCAGUGGUUCCAUCCAGAGUUAGACCCACUGCAAAGGAACCAAAUGUUAUGGCCAGAAACGGCAGUCACAAGAGGAUACAGGCAGAGCACAUAAAGGGCUCAACAGAAAUGGACAUUUCACCGAUUAAGGCCUCUGAUCUCCGAGAAGAUGAGACCGACUUCAAGCAGGACAAAUUUGGGGGUCUUGGUGGAAUGUUUCAGAAAUUACAAAAAGAGCCAACCCCUACCUUUACAAGCUACAUGUCAGAUAAUGAGACGCCUGAAGAGCCCACCCCAGAAAAGGAGCAGACCUCUGAGAACACCAAGAAGAGGCUGAGUCAGGCCAAACAAGACAAAGGAGGACUGAUGGGAGGAAUGUUCCAGAAAGCAACUAAAGACAAACUCUCUUCUCCUUCACUGACGGACAAUCUCUCAGUUCACAGUGAGCUUUUAGCCAGCAACAACAGUCUCUCUGACAACAACAACAUCAAAGAGAAGGGAGGCAUCUUCAGUGGAAUGUUCAAGAAGUCUCCCAAACCUGUGGAAGAACCACCUCAAACAGAAGAGGACCAGCAGUCACUACACAGUGAGCUCUCAGCCAGCAAUGACAGUCUCUCUGACAACAACAACCCUAAGGCAAAAGGAGGACUUUUCAGUGGAAUCCUCAAAAAAUCCCCCAAAGCUCCUCGAGAGGGCACACUUGCAGAGGCAUUACACGGUGAACAUUCAGGCAGCAAUGACAGUCUUUCUAAAAACAACAGUAAAGAGAAAGGAGGCAUAUUCAGUGGAAUGUUCAUAAAAUCCCCCAAGCCUGCUGCUGAUGCUUCUCAACCUGAGGACAAGGGGUCAUUACAGGGUGAGCUCUCAUCCAGCAAUGACAGUCUGGCUGACAACAGCAACCCUAAGGGAAAAAAGGGGCUAUUCAGUGGAAUCCUUAAAAAGACCCCCAAAUCAUCUGGAGAUGAAACACCUGCGCAGGACAAUCUUGCAACAUGCAGUGAGCUCUCAGUCAGCAACAACAGCCUUUCUGAUACCAACAACACCAGGGAGAAAGGAAGUUUAUUCAGCGGAAUGUUCAAGAAAUCUCCUAUUCCUGCCGAUGAAGGCUCUCAACAAGAAGAGGAGAGAGCUAAAUUCAGUGGAAUGUUCCAAAAAUCACCUAAACCUGCCGAUGAAGGCUGUCAACCAGAAGAGGACAAGCGGUCAUUACACAGUGAGCUCUCAGCCAGUAAUGACAGUCUCUCUGACAACAGCAACCCAAAGGGUAAAGGUAUAUUCAGUGGAAUGUUCAAAAAGGCUCCUAAAACAGCUGAAGCCUCGCAACCAGAAGAGGAUUCAGAUUUGGGAACAGACUGUAAUGACAACUUCUCAGAAAGCAAGGAAAAAACAGGGAUUUUGGGACUCACUGGGAUUUUCAAAAGGUCUCCAAGACCAUCGCCAAAGCCAUCCCCACGCUUCACUGUUGAUAAGGACCCUCUUACUGAGUACAAGGAACUCUCUGCCAGCAAUGACAGCCUCUCAGACUUCACCACAAUUAAGGAAAAUCUCUCUGCACAAAGAGAACUCUCAGUCAGCAAUGGUAGUUUUUCCGACACUCCAACCACCAGCAAAGAGAAAAAAGGAGGGUUUGCAGGACUCUUCAGGAGAACUCCAAAACCUUUCGAGCAACAGGACAGUAUAGACACAGAGCCACCUUUGAGAGGUAGUCAGCUGAAGCGCCGGAGGACAAUCAAGAAGAAGAGACGGGUUGUGUCAUUCCAAGUGAAAAGAACUCUCCCGAGGAUUCCAAAACGUACUGCUGCUCGGGACUCUGAUAAGGAGCCUAUCAUUGAGGAGGCUGUGGAGCUGCAAGGGCUGGCCCCACUGCAGGAGAGCACAGUGGAGAUCCAGCCUGUGGAGAUGGCAGCAUACCCCACUGAUGGAGUCAACCUUUUGGAGUCUGAAGAGGAGAGCGACGGCCUGUUGGACUGGUGGAGAUCAGUCGAAGGUUGGGAGCAAUGGAAUGAAACAUCCCAUUUCCAAGAGGAUGAAGCAGAUAUGGCGGUGGAGCAGGUGGCUGACCGUGUGUUCAUGGCGGCUCGGCUGUUUGUGCGUCUCUUCAACCAGCGGGGAGCGUCACUGCAGGGCCGUAUCCUGGAGCUGCUGGCCCAGGCCGACGCUGCCGACCAGUUCCACAAGAGGACGGUGACGGCUGCUGUAGGGGGUGGCGUGGCCAGCGUGUGUGGCAGUGUGGCCACCAUCACCGGCCUCAUCCUUGCCCCCUUCACCUUCGGAGCCUCCAUCAUCGUCACCGCUGUAGGCAUCUCCGUGGCGACCGCUGGAAGCAUUGCCUCGGCAACGGCCAACAUCACUGAUACAGUGCACUCCAACAUGGACUGUAAGAAAGUGGAGAAGAUGAUUCAGGGCUACCAGGAGGAGCUCAAGGACAUCAGGGAGUGUAUGGAGUUUGUACAGGAAGGUAUGGAAGCUCUGCAGGAGGGGAACUUUGAAAAGUACACUGAGAGUGCAACCAAGAAGGCUCUGAACCACAACAUUAAGCACGUGGUGAAGGAGGGGGGGAGGGCCGGAAAGAAACUGAUGAUCAACACAGACAAGCUCAUCAGCACCGUGCAGGUUCUAGGCGUGGCAGGGGGGGCCGCCAAAGCAGUUAAGGCCAUCAGCGUUACCACGGGCGUCAUGUCCGCUCUCUUCCUCGCACUUGACGUCUUCUUCCUCGCCAAGGAUUCCCAUGAGCUGCGCAAGGGCGCCAAGACAAAGUUCGCCUCCGAGAUCCGUGAGAUGUGCAAGGACCUGCAGGAUGGGCUACUGGAGCUGAACAAGGUGAAAACCCAGCUGCAGAAAACCAUGGAUGGGAUCGAGCUGGAAGAGUACGAGGAGGAGGAGGAAGUGGAGGUGGAAGUGGAUGAUGACCUGGAGUCAGACCCAGUUAAACUCGCUCAGCUGGAGCAAGAGCUGGACCAGUUAGAGGAGAAGUUGGACAAGAAGGUCCAGGAGGAACAUAAAUGGAAUAAAAGCAAGGAGGAGGCAGCUAAGAGUGAGGAAAGGGAAAUGAAGGAGGAGAAGAAUAGUAAAAAGAAGGAUAGUAAUAAAGAGGAGGGAAAGAAGGCGAGACCUAAAAGUAAAACAAUUGAGUUGGGUGAGACUGAGAAAGUGGAGAUGGAGAAAGAGAGGACGACUGAGAGGGGAGACACUAGUGGUAGUGUGAAAGGUGAUACUAGCAGCGUCCAGAAUAAAAAAGGGUCAGAGAAAGGGAAAAAGAAAGAUAAAGGAAUGGAGAGUAGAAACACCAAUGAAAAAGGAAAUGUUGAGGGCAAAAAAGAGAAAGGAAAUGAUAGAGGCAGUACAAAUGAGGAGGGUAAAGAAAAGGCAAGAGAGACUGAAAAACAAAGAGGUAGAGGCAAUAAAAAUGAGGAGGGUAAAGAAAGGGCAAGAGAGACUGAAAAACAAAGAGGUAGAGGCAAUAAAAAUGAGGAGGGUAAAGAAAAGGCAAGAGAGACUGAAAAACAAAGAGGUAGAGGCAAUAAAAAUGAGGAGGGUAAAGAAAAGGCAAGAGAGACUGAAAAACAAAGAGGUAGAGGCAAUAAAAAUGAGCUGGCUGAUACAAAGAAAGGGAUUUCAAAUGAAAAUGUAGAGUCUGAAAGGGGGAAGAGUGAAAGAUUGAAGGAACAAAAAGUAGCUGGAUGGGAGACUAAGAUGAGGGUGAGGGAAACUUCAGAAAGAGGAAACGCAAGCAGACAUAGCAGCAAGACUGACAAUGAGCAAAUCCCGGAGAGGAGUCCGAGGGAGAGAGGCAGUAGAGAUGAAAUACCAGCGAUUGCUCCAGGGAGAAGACACAGUAAAGAUCUGAAGUGUGGGGGCAUAACUGAAACGGGUGAGAUGGAGAGAACGAGUAAGACUGAAAGGGGUGGGGUAGAGAGGGGGGUUAGGAACUGGAGAGCAGAGAUGGGUAGGGGAAGUAAAGAUAAGCACAGUGUUGACUUAAAGGGAGACUCAGAGAGGGGGAAGACAAAAGAGGAAUCUGAGGUGAAAAGAACGAGUGGGGUUGGGAGAGGGACAGCUAAAGGGACCUCUAAGGAGGAUGGAGUGAUGGAGAGAAUGUCCAGGAGGGAAAACAAAGACAGGGAGUUGGGGUGUAAGAGGGAUAGAGCUGAGGAAAAGUGUGGGAGUAAGAUUGAGAAAAUGCAAAGAAAAUUUGAAAGUGGUAGGGAGGGAGGCAUCAGAAAGGAAGAUGAUGAGGUUCAUCAGAGUGAAAGGGACAGGAAGGAGGGUGAUGUUGAAAGGAAAAGGAGAGAUGGUGGCCAAGGCGCUCAUCCACGCUCCAAAGCCAUCUGCCAAUUUUACAUCUGAUGCAUUAUUAACUGAGUACUUAAAGAAGUAUUUUAAAAGGGAUUAACCUAGUGUUUGGUUUUAUAUUAUUUACUUGGGGACAAAUUGAGACAAAGACAGUCAUUGUGUUUUAAAUAUUUGAUAGAGCAAUGGAACUCAAAUGUGCCUUUUUAUACACAUUUUUCAAGACAAAGAGAUUUUUUUUUUAACUGUAAAGAUUGUUGUAUGAAAAUUAAUUUCUCGUGGACAGACAUACAUCAACAAUUGUCUGGAAGGAAUGGGAUGUAUGGAAUAACAAACAGCAGAAGUUCCGUUUUUUUUGUCACUGGUUAUUUGAACAAGUCACAAUUUCGCAGGUGUUAGCAUGUUUAGAAUUUCGGAAGUGAAGUGGACAUUCGGCCAUAACUUUCAAAUAUGGUGGAGCUCCUUGUUCCGCUCCUCAUUCAAGCAUCUCUUCCACCUCUUCACUUAACAUGUGUGGACCUAGAAAUUAAUCGAGCACCUGACCAAAUGCUGACGACUUUAGUUCUCGGUUAACCAACAUUAUAUGAACAAAUCGCUGUCCAAAAGCUGGUAGCAAUUCAUACAGAUGUCAAUUAACUCCAUAGGAAGAGUCGCACUGACUCAAAGCACUUUAUAGAGCAAUGGCUGCUGCUCAUUGGGCCGAUUCUGACCCGAAUUAAGCGCACAUAAAUGGAACGUAAUUACUUUUUUUAUGCAUUUUUCUCUCUAUGCGUAUUCUGACCUAAACUUAAGCAAGAGAAAAGCAUGCUAUUCACCCACUAUUUGUUCGGGGUGGAGAUCUAAUAAAAUGGAGGUGUGGGAGAGGUGUGUUUGUAGAUCCUCCAUAUUCUGAUUUUGCCUUAAUUCCCUCAUAAUUCCACCACCUUUAUGCAAAGGAAAUCAUGAAUAAGGUUAGAACGAACCUGCCGAUUUCAAGUGGGAAAAGCAUCUAUGUUUAUAUAU